AUGUCGUUGGAACAACUAACCUCUCAAUUAUCCAAAAGUUUCUCGGCCAACAAGUAUGCCGAGUGCUUGAAACUACUCACAAGCAUCAAGAUUCAGCUCAUUGAGAAAAAUCUGCUUGUUCCUUCGCUUUCUACGGCCUCUAAUCCUAAUGAUCUUGCCAUCUCGCGUUCAAUCUUGGAGAUUGGAGCAUUGGCCAGCAUCAACUCGGAAGAUCUUUCUGGAUUCUCCAGCUACAUCACGCUUCUCACACCAUUCUACGAUCUUGCCAGCCUGCCAGAGUCGCCAAAUAAAAACAAGCUUUUGAGCCUGUAUCUUCUUUUGCUUCUGACUCAGGGAGAUCUAGCACUGUUCCAUAUCGAGCUGGAAAGAUUUGCAAAUUACGGUCUCUCGGUGGACGAGCUGGAAAAAGAUGAGUACUUUGCCAUUCCUAUCAAGUUUGAGAAAUGGAUCAUAGACGGUAACUUCAACAAGGUUUACGAGCUGUUGAGCUCCAAACACAGUUUCCCAAGCAAAGAAUUCAACCUGUUCGAAAAAGAGUUGCUCGAUUCCAUCCGUUUGACAAUCGCUACAAACAUCGAGUCCAGUUACACUACCCUUCCGUUGGAGAAUCUCAAACUGCUUCUGUUUCUAAAGAACCAGGCCGAUGUGAAGCAUUUUAUCGACGAGAUGGGAUGGCCCGUUCAAAAUGGCGUUGUUCACUUCGAGAAACCUUCAACGGCACCUGAGGAUGAAAUUAACGAUGACAAGCAAAUUAUCAAGAAUUCGUUAACCUACGCCAAAGAAAUGGAGAGCAUCGUGUAG